AUGGAUUCAGAUAUUUUAGAAACAUCUUGUAGUGGUUCAUUAGAUUGGACAAAAUACAAAAUCAAUUUCAAUAACAAUAAUAAAAUUUCAAUUGAUAAAAAAUCAAAUCACAACAUUCAACCACCACAACAACAACAAAAUCAACAACAACAACAACAACAACAACGACAACCAAAAUCAAAAUUUAUUGUAAAUGGAAACGGAAACGGAAAUGGUGUAAAUAGUAGUAUUGUUUUUAAUGGUAGUGGUAAUGCUUUUCAGAGUUUAAAUAGAAGAGGAUCUGCAUCUUCUUCAGGUAUCAACUCUCAUGAAGACACAUCACUGAACUCUUAUCAUCAUUCAAGUUCAACUACCUCUGUUUCAGCACCUUCCUCUACACAUCCAUCACCACUUUUAAUGAAUAACAACAACAAUAACAACAACAAUAACAACAUCAACAACAGCAACAAUAACACUGCCAAUCACUAUCACUCUCACUCUCAUCCAUCAACACCACAACAACUUUCAAUUUCAAUGCCCGCCAACUCUGUGCCGAGUUCACCAACUACUAGGAAAACAAAGGUUGGCUGCAAGAAUCUCGCUUUUGGAAUGCUUUCAAAGGAUAGGAUCAAUCUGCUGAACAAGAUUCUCAAAGAGAAGAACAAGAUAUCUUCGAUCGAUCAGAAAAUCACAAUUGUCCUCUCCAUUGAAGAGAUUCUAGCGUUGAUUCUCAAUGAGUUGAAUCGUCGUGGUCUUGUCCUCUCGAAAUAUGGUAUACGUUUAGUUGGUAGUACUGCUUCAAUGAUCAUUUCAAAUCAACAUCACCAUCAUCACAAUAAUAAUAAUAAUAAUCAAAGCAAUCAAAAUAAUUCAACAACAACAUCUUCAUCAGAAAUAUUUAAUGAUAUUGAUCUCAGUUUUUAUAUUCAAUCACGCACCAAUUUUAUGACACUUUUGGAUGUCGAAGAAACUAUUAUUGUGAGAGAGGUUUAUCGCCAGACUGGUUUGGUCAUUGGUAAGAAGGAAGUUUUCGAUACAUUCUUUAGGGAGCGUGUCAAGGUUACCAAGCGUGACGAAUUGGAUCAGUUCUCUGGCGACGAUUGGUCACUGAUAACGAUUGGACACGACAAUGCGCGACACAUCGACAUCAAAUUUGUCAAGCGGAUACAGAGACCCUAUGCAUUCUCAAUUGAUUCCUUUCAAAUCAUCUUGGAUCCACUAGUGGAAAACUACAAAGACCUAUUGCCAUAUAAUAAUUUCCAGAAUUUAACCAACCCCCACAACAACAAAGAUAUAGAAUCAAAUUUCAUGUCAAUUGACCAAUUUCAAGAGCAGCAUCAAUCCUCUUCAAAUGCCAAUAGUAGUUCUUCUUCUCCAUCCUCACUGUCUUCAGUGACAAGCGCGCCAUCUUCACCCAACUUUUUCCAUCCACAUGCUCAACAUCACCACCACCAUCAUCUCGUUCAUUCAUCAUCGUAUAUUGAUGCAUCACUUUCAUUCAACCAAAUUCAUCCACCCAUUUCACCACCACCUUCAUCGUCGUCUUCAUCGUCGUCGUCCGCUGCCUCUCUUGAUAAUAUUGUGCCAUCUUCAAUGUCGAUGAUGGCAACAUCGGCAUCGUCAUCGAUAGCUGGUCCACCUUCGUCGUCAUCGUCAUCUUCAACAUCGUCACCACUGUCUUUUUCCAACUCUUCGAUACCAACACUCUUCCAAUUCUCACCGAAUCUACUCAACGAUGUUCAUUCACUCGAUGACGAGUAUCCACCAAUGCUCUCAUUGAAUCAAUCACAUUCACCAGUACCCAAUGCUGGAGCACUUCCACCACUGCCGCCAACACCAACAAUUCCACUCACAUCAUCAUCUUCAUCGCUAUCGUUAUCUUCCAACUCUGUCCAACAACAACAACAACAACCAAAGCGAAACAACAACAACAAUACCAAUCUACAAAAUGGUAGAAAGAAAACUGGUAAAGGCAAACAAGAUGAUUUCCCACCACUCUCUAUUGUUGUUCCACAGCAGAAAUCAAACAAUCUUACACCACUUGCACCUUCACCACCACUUCCAGAACUAACAUCACCAACUACACCUAAAUCUUCGUUGUGGGACAAGAGCUUUAUUGAGAAACUCCAACCAACUCCACAUUUGGUGGACUCUGUCAACAAAGCUCUUUCUGAAACAGCCAUUACUAAAAACAAUACUAUCAGUAAUGCUACUGAAAAGUCAAAUGGUAAAACAAAACAACUACAACAUCAACAUCAACAUCAACAUCAACAUCAACAUCAACAUCAACAUCAACAACAACAACAACAACAACAACAACAACAACAACAACAACAACAACAACAACAACAACAACAACAACAACAACAAUCAUCACCACCAUCUUUAAACAACAGUAUAAAGAAGGAACAAUCUAUGUGUCCAGGUGUUCAAGCCAAGUUGGACUUGGAAAACAAUCGAUUGGUAACCAACGAUCCAAGACAGAUUCGUCGUGGAAUCUUUCGUUACUGCUCAGAGUUGGCAAAAGGUCGCACCUCUAACGAUGCCACCUAUUUCAACGAGGUUUUCCGUGAAACCUUUUUCACUCAAGACAAAAUGAAACCACAAGAAUUCGAAAAGACUCUGAUCAAAUACGUCAGAAAGCAUCGUGCUGAAGCAACGGCAUUCCUCAAACACCUAGAGUCAAUCUUGAUUCUGCCCUAUAAGCCAUCGCCAUCCAGCUCCACCACAACCACCCCGUUGGCAUCACCCAUCUUGAAAGCCGGCAACAAAGCAAACACCAGUGGCAGUGGUACCAACUCUCCUCCAUUACUUUCACUUGUAGAUUCAGCAGCGGAGACGGCAGCCACUCUCACAGAGACUACCUACGACGUCUACUACUUUGACUAUCUUAAUAUCAUAGCAAGCAUCAGAUCCUAUCUCGUCAAUAACAGAUUCGAACAACUCAUUGAAAAGAUAGUACUUGAUUCAAAUCAUUUACCAAAUCGACUUAACAACAACAGCAACAACAAUAUCUCAAAACCUAUAUCUGAACCAUCAUCACCCACCUCCACCUCCACCUCCACCACCACCACCAUCUCAACAUAA